UCCUGCCGAGCACUGACUGCGUUCUCCAGCGAGCACGGACCUCGCGGUGAAUUUAAUGCGCGUCCUGGCCUCAAUGACGAGCGCCGCUCACGUUUGACGAGACCCCCCCCCCUCACUCCAGGUAGACUACAGUAGUCCACGCAACACAAAGGAUACGCGCCGAUCCUCAAGUUAUCCGUUCAACGACGCGUCGAUUCGGAUUCCACAACGCGUCUGGAACGCGCGAGUCGUUCUGAGAGAUAUGGAUAUUAGGAUUUGCGUUUUCAGCAGACGGAUAUAAGUUUCAUACCCCGCUAUUAUAUACUAUCUCGUUAUCUGUAUCAGGUCCAGGGGGAUAACACAGGGACUGCAACAGUCGUGCGCGCUCAUUGAAGAAGCACAGCGAUAUUAUUCGCGCAAACGCGUCCUCGCGCUGGGAAUUUAUUCAACGCGUCUCGGCGUUUGAUUGCCAAAAUGCAAUUUCGCACAGUUUUGGAUGUUAAAGUGGUGGAUGUGGAGAAGAGGAGGAACCCAUCCAAACAUUACGUGUAUCUCAUCAAUGUCACAUACUCAGACUCCACUUCUCACAUCAUCUACAGAAGAUACAGUAAAUUCUUCGACCUUCAGAUGCAGCUUCUGGACAAGUUCCCAAUCGAGGGAGGGCAAAAAGAUCCCAAGAAAAGGAUCAUCCCUUUUCUUCCAGGCAAAAUCCUUUUCAGACGAAGUCAUGUGCGAGACGUGGCCAUGAAGAGGUUACGCUUCAUUGACGACUAUUGCAGAGCGUUGGUCCGGCUUCCUCCUCAGAUCUCACAGAGUGAGGAAGUUCUUCACUUCUUCGAGACCAGACCAGAAGAUAUGAGCCCUCCUGUAGAGGAUUAUGGAUCCAAACGCAAGUCAGUUUGGAUGUAUGGACUUCAGGACAGUCCGACCAAAUGUGAGGCCUCAGGCUUAGACAGCAGUGAGCCCAUGGUGCUGGAGCAGUACGUGGUGGUGUCCAACUACGAACGGCAGGAGAACUCGGAAAUCAGCUUGAAGGCGGGAGAAACGGUGGACGUGAUCGAGAAGAGCGAAAGCGGCUGGUGGUUUGUCAGCACGGCUGAAGAACAGGGUUGGGUUCCUGCCACGUAUCUGGACUCACAAAGCGGCACCAGAGAUGAUCUGGAUCUCGGAACAUCGAGAUCAGGAGAAGUUACUAAGAGGCGUAAGGCUCAUCUGAAGAGGCUGGACCGCAGAUGGACGCUAGGUGGAAUAGUCAACCGCCAACAGAGUCGAGAAGAGAAAUAUGUCACUGUUCAGGCGCAUGCCAGUCAGGGAAAAGAUGAGAUCGCGUUCGAGAAAGGAGUAACCGUGGAGGUCAUCCAGAAGAACCUUGAAGGAUGGUGGUACAUCAGGUAUCAGGGAAAAGAGGGCUGGGCCCCAGCCUCAUACCUGAAGAAGCUGAAAGAUGAUCUUUCCCCGCGGAAGAAGACUCUGACAGGCCCUGUUGAGAUCAUCGGAAAUAUCAUGGAGAUCAGUAACCUCCUCAACAAGAAGGCUGUCAGCGAGAAGGACAUUCAAACGGACGGAGAACCCACCUCCCCUGAGCGCCACAUUUCCAAGAGCGAGAUCAGUUUACCAAUCCCUUACGCCCAAGAGGCUGGAGGGGCACCCGCAGUGGGCAGCGGUUUAGGUGUGGGGUCUGGAUCUAGCGCCGCCCUACAGGAGAACAAGAGCAGGGCAGAGCCGGGCUCACCUGCUAUAGCCCGGGUAGCACCACAUAGAGUUGAGAUAGGAUCUCCAAACCUCAGACAAAAACCCCCUCCACGAAGAGAGACAAAUCUGGCCUUCCAGUUGCCCAAACCUCCAGAGCCUCCUAGUGUGGAAGCAGAGUAUUACACCAUUGCAGACUUCCAGUCCAGCAUCUCUGAUGGCAUAAGCUUCCAUGGAGGACAAAAGGCUGAUGUCAUAGAGAAGAACUCUGGUGGCUGGUGGUAUGUCCAAAUCGGGGAAAUGGAGGGUUGGGCACCCUGCUCCUACAUCGAUAAACGCAAGAAACCCAAUCUAAGCCGGAGAACCAGCACACUCACCCGCCCCAAAGUUCCACCUCCUGCUCCACCCAUCAAGAAACAGGAUUCAGAGGAUUCACCUUCUCUGGGCAGCUCUGCUUCUAAAGCUCCAGAAUCUUCCACUCAGCGUGUACCCUACGAGGAGCCGGAAUACGAUGUUCCUGCCAUGGGCUUUGAGGCCGAACUGGAACAUCCCCUGAAACCAGACCCAAAACCCAAGUUUGAGAUCAAAAGCAAUCCAGCAGCAGCAGAAAGGAUUGCGCAGGCUGGCAAAGCCUCUCCUUUGUUGAAAGUGAUGACCUCGCCCUUGAGGAAAAGAAACUCUUUGGAGAACGUCCAUAAAGAGGAGGUGAUUUAUGAAAACGAAGGGUUUAGGUUCUCCUCCGAUGAUUUCUCCUCUUCUCGAGAUUCAAGCAGGUGCAGUUUAGACACCCCGAGGAGUCUCACUUUGGGACGUAAACCUCUCAGUUCCUCUGUCUCUCCUGGAGGAGGGAGACCCUUCAGAAAGGUUCCCCCCGACCUAAACAGGAGUCAUUCUCUUGGCCGUGCCGAGAGACACAGCCCCAGGUCAUCAUCAGACGAAUCAGUUCGCAAUCCCAAAAGAGAGCCCGUCAUGCGCAAAGAUGUGGAAAUCCGGGCCAGUCAGAGUCCCUUGACUAGGCCCAAACCAGUGGUGCGACCCAAACCUCUCCUUACAAAGUCGGAGCCGCAAAGUCCCGAAAGGAUGGAUAUCAGCAGCCUACGCCGUCAGUUGCGUCCCACCGGCAGCCUCCGGCAGGGAGCUAUCCGUGUGGUACGUGGAGAGGAUUCAGAGGCGGCAUCCAUUGUGUCCUCUGAAGAUUCCAUCACCUCGAGAAGUACCUCCGAUCUCUCCAGCGUAUAUUCUAAAGGUAGCCGAGAUGGAGAGUCACACCACGAAGGUGCAUUUUAUAGAACCACAGAUGCCUACGAACGAGCACAGGAGUCUGAGGUCAGCUUUCCGGCUGGCGUUGAGGUGGAGGUCCUGGAAAAACAGGAAAGCGGAUGGUGGUACAUCCGUUGGGGUGAUGAGGAAGGUUGGGCACCUACUUUCUACCUAGAGGCUGUCAAUCAUCUCCACAACGUAGGCGUUCAAGAUGUCCGUGAUAGUCCUCUUGUUGACCUUAGUAGGUCCAACAAAUCCAACAGCCUUGAGAAGAACGAGCAGCGCGUCCAGGCCCUAAACAACCUCAAUCAACAGAACCUGAGGAGCUUGAGCAAUCCCAGUCCGCCAAUCCCAUCCAAACCACCAGGGGGCUUCGGUAAACCAACUGCAAUGCUGAACGGUACAGGCGUGCGGAUGCGGAAUGGCAUCCGUCAAGCAGCGGUGCGACCUCAGUCUGUGUUUGUGUCCCCGCCCCAGCCUCUGAAGGACACCAACAUUCACACGGGAUCCCUGAGGAGGAAUGAAUCACUGGGAGCAGGUGACCACACGAGGUCUGCAGGUGGCGUACGAAGAAACUCUUCCUUCACUGCCGUUCGACCGCAGCCAGUGACCGACGUGCGGGUGAGGGCUGGGACCAUCAUUACUGCACCCGUUGGAAGUUCAAGCCCAUUAAUCGGCCAGAGGAAUGGAAUACCGGUGUCUACUGUAAGACCCAAGCCCAUCGAGAAGACGCAUCUUAUUCACAACAACCUUCGAGAAGUUUACGUGUCAAUCGCUGAUUACCGUGGUGACGAAGAAACCAUGGGUUUCUCUGAGGGUACCAGUCUCGAAGUUUUAGAAAAGAAUCCUAACGGAUGGUGGUACUGCCAGGUUGCAGAUAGCUUACACAGGCGUAAAGGAUGGGUGCCAUCUAACUAUCUGGAGAGAAAGAAAUAACUCCCUUGAACUGGUUUUAGACAUGCACAAUUGUAAUCGAAAUGUAAAAAGAGAGACAGAUUGAAAGACUUUGCUUGGAAAUAAAAAGGACGGAGCCUUUUCAAAAAAGGGGUUUACAUUGAACCUAGAGAAAUGCAGGUGAAUGUUUAGCAAAAUACCUGCCGUAACUUUAUGCCAAAUGGGUGCCUUUAAACAUCUUUCACUGAAUGUCCAGAGGAAUCAGUCAAACACCAGUGAAUCAACACCAAACUUAGUGCCAUAGGCCAACGACUACAGAAAUCACCAAACAUAUUUUUGUUACAGCGUUGAACAAAAGAGAUUUUAAGCACAGGUGCAUAACAAAACAAGUCUUUAGCACUCUCAAACAAGAAAAGUGUCAGCAAAAUGUUCAACAGGAAGACCAACAGUGUUGUCCUGCAUUGAGUACACUCAAAAAAAACGAAGCGUAACUUUAAUUGACUGUCAUUUUUUAAAACCAGUUUUUUUAUGGAAAUUGUUUUGUGUUUGUGUUUUUAUAUCUUCCUUAGAGAUGUAUUUCUGCUUUCUUGUAACAUCUUAACACAUCCAAACAGACACCCUCCACCCUGACACACAGUGUCAUUACGUUUGUCUCUUUAUCUUCCCCAUUCUUCGAAUUCUCAACAGUCUGAACAAAUAAAAGAUGUUAAAGAAAAACAGUCUGUGAAAACAACAUGCGGAUAUGCAUAGACCACCUCAUAUUGGGUUUAAGCCCACGUUUAGUUUACAAAGUGCAUCCGGUCCUACUGUUUCUAGUUAUAUGAUAAAUGUAGACUCUUCAGAUAUCAGGACUAAAGAUUUUUCUGCUCUGUACGUGCUUAGUAGUAUGAUUCGCAAAUCAGGACUGGAAAAUCAACGUAUUGUAUGACAUUUUAUCCCAGGGAAAGUAGUAACAAUAACAUUGAGCCCAAAAUGUGAUCACACCAAAGGAAAACAUAGUUUGUUUUACGUUUAGUAUUUAUUUAAUGGGUGCAGAGAAAUAGGGUGUAUUCAGCAAAACCUAAACGAGGUUUCAGAACCGAGAACAAAGUUUAUUUAAUCGUUUUAUCUGGAAUCACUUGAUCUUUUUUAACCCAAAGAAAAGCACAUUGAUAUGCAAGGUUAAAGAAUUAAGAUAUUGCUGGGCAGUAUUGAAUCUAAAGUUAUUCGAUAGGCAGUUUAAAGACGUUUAGUUAAUUUUUUUAGCCUCUGUUGACAAAGAUAUUAGAACAGAUUUGCAGACUCUUGGUAUCGUAGUCCAUUGUCAAAUCUUCUUCAUAGGUUGUUAAGCUCGAGCGAUUCAUUCCCUCUUCAAAUGCAAUUAAUUCAAUUAAAUAACAUUUAUGAAAACUGCGUCAAACAGCUGAUGUUCAAGACUGCUGAAAUAUUUUUCUAAUGAACGGGGCGAGCUCUUAUUCGGGCUCAGCACUACAAAUAUUUUAAUUUUGUUUUCUGCUGGACAGUAUUAUAGUGUUAAACAGUUGAAACAUUAAUUUACCUGCUAGAUUGCAGUUAUAUUCUAUUAAGAAGAUAGUAGUUUAUUUUGUCUUGUUUGCUUCGUGGUUGUGUGAUCACACAUGGACAAUAAUGAUGAAUGAAGUAGUUCAAUUGUUGUGAAUCGACGCAUCCAAGCAUUUUCCUUAGAGCAAGAAUGUGUCGAUUUAAAGAUGCAGUGCACUUCGUCAGCAUGUAAUUUAUUUAACGAAAUUAGUUAUUUUUUAUUUAUAAUUUUCAUAGAAAUAUAUUUUAAAUUCUUAGUCUUAAAAAACAUGUUGUAAUGUUAGAUAAUAUUUUGCCAUUGGUGGCUGUCUCGAAAAACUUGAUGUUGAAAGAUUGGCUACUGCUGUAAUCGUAGCUGUUUUCCUAAAAUGCUGUCAUUUGUCUAUUCAUUUUGGCCUCCGUUAAUUACAGCAGAUGUCUUGAAGUUUCAAAUUAAUUCAGCAAAAUGUUUUUAGCUUUGUUUUUAAUGGAAAAUGUUUUUUUAGAGGCUGAUUACUGCACAUUUAGCAACUACGGGCGCUUCUUUUCUCAUUAUUGAGCCACUUAUAAUGCCAGAUUUUUUACAUUAUUGGAGUUUUUUCUCUACUUUUUAUCCUCCAAAUCUUUUCAUUGGAAGUCAAAGUCAGCAAUACAAUUGGAAAUAGCAUAAAUUCCACCCACAAGACUAUAUAACAAAGCAACCAAAUUGCUAUCUGUAAAUAUCUAUAAUUUGUCCUCUUAUAACAGGUUAUAAAUUACAUUGAUUUUAUUAUAAGAAAAAUGAUACUUGUAAAAAAACUUCAGGUAUCCAUAAGUUCUUUGUUAUAUGGGGAUCUCAAAUAUUAUGUUUGGUCCAAAAUUGUUGGUAAACAAUCUUAACAGCAAUAAUGCAAUUUCAAAGUACAAAUACAUGCAAUUGUGCUUUUAGAUUUCAAUAAUAAAAAAGCGUGCCAUUGCACUCUCACGCCCCUUUUGACGAAGGCAUUAUAAAAAAUGUGUUGACUCACUACACCGCAGUGCUUGUGAUGGAAGAGAAACUCCAUUAACGCGUCUACUUUAUUCUUCAUUUGCGCCUAUACAAUUUACAAGGGAAACUAGUUUCACGCAUUACAUGUGUUACGCUAACUUUGUUUCAUUAUGUUUUUUAUUUAUUUAAUGUUUCAGUAUUGUGUUUUAAUUUUGCAUUUUCCCUCCUGUUCACUUUUGACAUACUCAGAUGGAAUAAGAAAAUGUGCAAUAGAAAACAGCCAUCUCACCAUUGAAGUAUUAAAUAUGUAAGGGUUUUUGAAUUGUCAUUGGAGUAAGUGACAAAUAUUGCCUGGUUUGUCCCAUUGUUUUUUCUUCAAUGUGAGCACUUCAUGCCACCUUGUGUUUUAAAACAUUUAAAACAUUAUUCUGAAUGGUAAACCCCCUGAUUGAUACUCACAUUUUAAUCUACUGUAACUUUCUGUCAGAUGUUGACCCCAGAAGCUCAUGCAGACUGUUGGAAAAAUUCUCAUUAAUUGUAUAUUCAUUUUUCUGUAGUAGAAUUAAAGACACUGGGGCAAACCAGCAGUAGCUACAGUACAUGUGAGCUCCACGUCACACACUGCCAAGUGCUUGACGUUCUCUCUGACAUCCGCCCCUUCUUUCAACCGUUGCCAUGGUGAACACGACUUCCCGUUCUUAAAUCCCAUUUGUCAACAGCGAGGACACGCAUACAGUACUGUAUCAUUGUCGUUUGGUGUAACAUAAUUGGUGUAAUUUUUUUUACGUAAUAUCGUUUGCGGAUCCGGGUUUAAUUUCCCACAUCUUUAAAUAACACGGACUGCAUACCUCGCAAGUCACGUGUCACUGCGUAUUAUAACUCGGGUUUAUCACAAUUUCUGACAUUCUGGUUUGAAGCCAUUUGAAUUUAGAAUGCAUUUAUGACUUCUGUUUUCAUAAGGAUUGAUUACAUGUACAGAGAGUUUGACGUCGGUUGAAAAUGAUGAACGUUAUUAGGGCCUGUCUUGAGGAGGGAACUGUCUUUAGCUUUCUAAUAUCUGGUACUAUAGUUUCUUAUCUACUUUGUGUUUUCUUUUCUGUUGAACACGCUACGUCUAGACAUCUGUGAGAUGUUUAUGAUUUAGAAUGGAUGUAAAACGGCUCUAUCUAAGAUGUUUAGCAGAUGUUUUUACACUGCAGAUCUUUCCCAGAUCUUUAGCCAACGUCUUACAGACGUCGGUGUGCUAGCUGGGCUAUUUUAGGAUAAAACAGGAAUCAGAAGAGAGGAUUCCAUGAUAGCACACAUACAUCUAGUUUAUGUCUAUUUUAAGUCUGCAUUUACAUCUGCAAGACAUCUGCAAUACAUAGUGUGCUCAUCUGCAACACAUCUCGGAGUUGAAUGCUGUCAGACAACAUAUAGACAUCUAGAAGAUGUCUGUUAGAUGUUUAGGAUUUAGAGUUGAUGUACAGCUGCUCUUUCUAAGAUGUUUAGCAGAUGUUUUUACGCAGUAGAUCUCCAGAUCUUUAGCAGACUUAUUACAGACGUUCAGACGUCUCCGAGACGUGUUGCAGAUGAGCAAACUGUGUAUUGCAGAUUUCUUGCAGAUGUAAAUGUAGAUGUCAAAUAGACGUAAGCCCAAUGCAUUGUGCUAUCUGGGUUGUUAGGAAGUAAAAUAUUGUGAGGGCAUUCCAUGUAUUGAGGUGGUUUGUGUGGGGAUUUGUGGUGGAAAGUGAAUGUGACUAGAUUGUUUAUGUAUUGUUUGGUUCGACGGGAAUACUGUCAGUUUGUCUCAAAUACGGUCGUAAUGGACUUAUAAAAUAUUCACUGGCUGAUUAAAUGGUGCAUUAAAAUGUCCUAUCAACACUAUCAACAAUAUUCUCAGUCAAGCUUUGGAGAAAAAAAAGUUUUACCGUCCCUUGUUAUUUCUGCAAACAUCUCACAGUACUUCAGUACGCACACGCUGGGCCUUGGAGACUCUGUCGAUACCGCUAUAAACCUCCUUAAAACAAUUAAAAUGUUUGUGACAGAAUGUGAGAAAGAGAAUAGGACCUCUCACCACCAGCACACCCACUGUGCCGUCGGGAGUCGAGUCGCUGUGAAAUCACAUUACCGAGCAGUCGGUUAAAUACAGAUGUCGAGGAAAACGUUCGCAGUGAAUACAAAUGUCACACUGAUUGUGGAUGUCGAGUCGCCGGGGGGGGUUCGGAUCAGAUGCAGUGAUAGAUUGAGAGCGACUCUAAUGGCUAACAGCAUGUCGAGGCGUAAUAACAUCAUCAGGAGGAAUCGUUUGCGCUUCCUGCGGCUGGUUUGAUUUACAGAGGCGUCGAUACGAUGCUCAAGUGUCGUUUAGGUGUGAAACAGGAAUUGUGAAAAUGUACGUUGGUUGUCGCGAUAUUUAUCAGGAAAUACGUGGAAAUCUGUCAGUUUAAGGUUUGAAGAAGGUACCCUUGUUAACAGAAAAUUCUGAUCUGUUCAUUAGUCCAUUACCUUGAUAGCACACAAACAUAUGUGUGACGUCUAUUUUCAUGUUUGCAUUUACAUCUGCAAGACGUCUAUGAGACGGUUCCUGUCAAAUGUCAUAUAGACAUCUAGAAGAUGUUUAUAAUUUAGAAUGCAUGACGUUUAUCGGAUGUUUUUACACAGCAGAUGUUUUCCAGCUUACAUAGGUAUGUGCUAUCUGCGUAGACUUAUAGCUGGGAUCUAGAGGAGGCUCAUAUUGUGGAUUUGGGUGAAAGCCGUUUGUGCGGUAUGCUUUGAUGCUUGAAGUGCUAGGGGGGGUUUGGUAGGUUUUAAUUUGUAUAAUGUUGCUAAUUUGCAUUUAUUAUGAGAAGGAUAGAGAUUUGACUUAAGGCAGCUGGGUGUGAUUUUGUUUAUUCUUUCUAUGAGAUGAGGUCAACGUUGGCACACGCUGCGGGGAUCUUAUCUCUUGAUGUUUCCUGUCACCGACUAUGUUUGGCUGUCUGCUUUAAUUAACACUUCUGUUCUCAUAAUGAACAGUCACCAAAACAACAGCACGUGGGGCGACUAACAUCUCAAUUAAAAGCAAUCAACUGCUUAGUGAACUGCUCACUUCUCUAAAAGUUACACUUAUUGAGGUCUUUUUUUGUCGUGUGCUCACUUUACAGACUGUUUUCUCAAGUGGUGGUCAUAAACAUGAACUCAUGUAUAAAGCAAAUAAAAGAGUCGCUGUAAUCCAGUUACCCCUCAAGUAGAGUUUGAAUCAUUUUUCAACCUUCGGCGAACUCUCAGACAGGUCAAGGCCGAGUGUAGGGGGCUGUCUAACUAAAUCAUAUGCUACACACCUUUGGACAACGAAUGUUUGGGUGGAUAUGUGCAAAGCCUUUUUGUCAUAAAACAAUGUGCCCUAGAAAAUAUCGAAAGCCCUGCAUUGAUAUUAUAUUAUGUUCAGCAAGCUCUACAUUUUUAUGCAUUUCUUAAAAAAAGGUGGUCUAAAUCUUCAGCUUUUAAUUUUCAGCAAGGUCUUUGUUUGUGUUUUUUCUACAUUUUGUUUUUGUACCUUUUUAUGUUUACAUUGUAUCUUGCAUCGUCUCAAAUAAAAACACAAUAAAAUGUAUCCUCUUUGUUCUUAUA